GUGGGAGCCUUCGAUCCAUCCGUUCAACGCCACACAACUUCGAGAUCGUGUCGAUUCGGUUACCGGUGAAACGUCCGACUCGCUUCUUUCUUUAGUGUCACUCGUCACAACGUCGGUCACCAUCAGGUCCCCGGAUACAUAUUAAAACCAGCCCACACCUCCAUGACCCACAAUCCUUUGAGUUCUUAGUAUGCGUGCAAACCCCGCCUUCGAUGCCCGCACACCCUACUCUUCUUAUUUCCUCUCCGGGCUCAUGAGUCCCAGCUCGUCUCCCUCUUCUCCGGCCUCAUCUUAUUCUUUCGACUUUCCGCGGAGAGGCUCCUUGCCCGAGAGUUCUUCAUCUUCUUUCGCGACCUCCGCCGGCGAUGACUCUUCGUUCUAUCUUGCUAUGCAUUCUCCUGCAGUGGUGGACAAGAACCAAUAUCGUUCCUUUCUGUCUCUCGAUCUGGCCGAGUCUUUGUCCUUGAAGUCUCGGCACGCGCGACGUUCUACGCGAAGUCAACGAGAGCAAGCGGAUCCGGUACCCGACUCGCCCUCUUUGCUCCCACCAUCGCCGGUUUUCGCGCGAUCGUCCCCGGUGCAUUCUUCCCGUGCCAUCCCGUCCCCAAAACCUGCUCCUUCAGCCUCCCUGCCUUGUGUGCCGUCGCCAGUAACCACUGGCUCUCAGGUCAUCGAAAUUAGAAUUUCCCGUACCGUGGCGCCUGUCGACAUCCGGUCCGUUCCGCAGCGGAAGCCGUCCCUCGUGUCCCAAGCCACUCGUGCGUCAGCCACGACGUCAACCGUCUCGACCCGGUAUCGCCGCAAGCGACGGAACAAGGCGCUUGCCUGUCUGGAAGGGCGGCGUCCUGCGCUUGCCUUGAACACCACUGGAGAUUUCAUGAGUCUUAGCGACGGUGAUGACAGCGACAGCGAUGUCGGCUCGCCGUCCGACAUGGACCUGUCGCUCAGGGACGAUCAGCUGAUUAUGCUCAUUGCACGGCUGAAUGACGGGGAGCUUAUGCCUCACAAUGCUUCUCCCUCGGCAAAAUCAUCGCACUCCCACAGCAGAAAACGGGAGUCCUCAAAAAGGUCCCUGCGACGAUCCAAGACUGCUAUUGGUCUCAAAUCGUUCAUGGACUUCCAAAACGAUGACGAGAGUUCAUGGGGUUGGAACAGUUUCAUUGAAGUCAGGUCUUGAAUUUGGCACAUCGUCUGCUGACCGUUGAUCGGCGUCGGCUGUACCACCAGUCCACCACUAAUUCUCACGUACUCUAUCAUCUCUCUAUUGCUAUCCCCCGCUAUCGUCAGCUAGCCCAUUCUUGUUGUCACAGUCUUCGUCAUACCACUUUGCUGUAUUACUAACGCACCCGCUCCCUCGCUUUGUUGUAUAUUUGUACCGGCGUUUGAAAUCGUACCUGCGCGCUUCGCAUCGUGUCGGAGCAUGGGCCCGAAGGUGGCGGUAAAACCAAAGAUAAAUUGCAGAUCCAUGUCGGAUGGAAA